GCGCUCUUUGGUGCCCCCUCCUGGCAGAAGGUGGAAUUACAGCGGUGGCAGCCCGAUACUGUUAUGAGCUCAGAGUUGUCGUUGUGCAGUUGCGGCUUUUUUUCCCUCUGUGUGCAGCAAACCGCAAGAAAUGGAUGUGUUUUUAAUGAUCAGACGUCACAAGACGACCAUCUUCACAGAUGCCAAAGAGUCUACCACAGUCUAUGAACUGAAGCGCAUUGUGGAAGGCAUUUUGAAAAAGCCACCUGAAGAUCAGAGACUAUAUAAGGAUGACGUGCUGCUCAAUGACACUCAGACGCUUGGAAAUUGCGGCUUCACGAAUCAAACGGCGCGACCUCAAGCCCCAGCGACAGUGGGGUUAGCUUUUCGUCUGGGUGAUGAUUCAUUUGAGCAGCUGAGGAUCGAGCCAUUUUCCACCCCCCCAGAGCUUCCUGACGUCAUGAAACCCCAAGAUUCAGGCAGCACAGCCAACGAGCAGGCCAUCCAGUGAGCGCAGAGCGAAGGAAGGGUUGCAUUCUGGGAAGUUUUGCCUCUGAAAGACGAGUUUUCCUGUGUCUGACAGAUCUUCAGCAGGGCAGAAACAAACAUGGACUCCCUUGUAAGUUGAGGGUACCUAAAUUGCCUUGAAUUGGAAAGCGCAUGCUAGAUAAAUUUCAGAUUUUUUUUUUUUUACAAGACCCUUCAGAGACAUCUGUUGGACUUGUUUCGACACUGUCAGUCAUCCAUUGGAUUGGUAAAGGCUGAGUUUAAGACUUGUACCUCUUUAUUUAAUGAUUUAUUUUUUUAGUGAGGUAACAGCUGCCUUACUGUGUGUUCUUGUUUUGCUGGCUUAAGUUUAUAAGUUGUGAUAUUUUAGGCUUUUAUGUUUGUCUUUCCUUAUUAAACUUAAAUUAGGAUUAACGUGGUCUGAAUGUACGUUGCAACUAAAGCUGGGAGUUGGUCAAUAUUUAAGUUGAAGGACGAGAAUUUAUAAAAAGAACAGAAGUGUUUCGGAUUAUCAAGGAGCAAAAUGAGAAAAAAACGAGAUUGUAGCUGUAAAAUCAAGACUUCUUUUCAGAUACACAUGUACCUGACAGCAGCUGCUGGAUCUUUUGACUCCUUUUGUUCUUAUUUAGCAGCUUCUGUUGUAUUCAACACCCAUUUUUACAUCAAUUGUUAAUUUGACAUGGGGGGGAAAAAAACUUAUAAAAUAAAAAUGUAUCAGUGGGUUUCACAAUUUUGAGCUACAUUUAGGAGUUCCUGUAUUAUUUCCCUCUCACUGACCAUGUCAAAAGUGUUUCUUGUUGCAGAAAAACGUGUUUGAGAAAUCAAAGCAUUUGAACAGAACCGUGUGGCAUAAACAGAGCUGCACUUUUGUCUCAUUUAACAUUAAAACUGAUGUUUUUCA